CAGCUCCCAGAAAAAGGACUUGCCCGAACUUGCAGCUUUCACUUUUUGUGUGUUGUUCAGCUUCAUCUCUUGUUGGGAUCACCACACUGGCUAUGGCUGCUCCCCAGGACUUCCAAACAUUUGUCUUCCUUGAUAUUGAAACAACUGGCUUGCCUCAAGACCAGCCUCGUGUGGCUGAACUGUGUCUCUUUGCUGUGCACCGCCAUUCUUUGCUGCUCUCUCCACCAGACAAUACACUGACCCCACUGGAGCAGCUGCCUCGUGUCAUAGACAAGCUCACCCUCUGCAUUGAUCCCCAGAAGCCCUUCACCUCCAGAGCAGAGGAGAUCAAUGGGCUGAGCAACCAGAAACUGGAAGAGAACUGCAAACUAGAACUCAACAGUGCUGUGGUGGAAGCCCUACAUGGGUUCCUGAACCGGCAAGCUGGCCCAAUCUGCUUGGUUGCCCACAAUGGCCUGCGGUUUGAUUUCCCCCUGCUGCGUACAGAGUUUCAGCAAGUGGGCACCAAGUUAUUUGCAGACAUGGGCUGCCUUGACACACUGCCAGCCUUGAGGGAGUUGGUUGAAGACACAAAUGGAUGCUACAAGCUGGGAUAUCUGUACCAUCACUUUUAUGGGCAGGAACCCAUCUGUGCCCACUCAGCCGAAGGGGAUGUGAUCACUCUUGUCCUGGUGUUUCUGGCUAAAGCCCCUGAGCUGAUGUCAUGGGCAGACCGUAAUGCCUGUCGCUGGGAGAAGAUUCAGCCUAUGUACCAGCUCAACAUAGACAGGGACUGUUAUUGACGGGAGUAAGUAGCAGGAAAUAAUAUUUUAAAGAAGAAAACCCAAAUGGCACACUGCUACCACCCAUCACAUAUACUCUACCAAAAUCAAACCUAGAAGGAACUAAGAUCACUACAAAUCAUGUUGAAGAGUUGUCCAGAGUUUCUUGGCAGCUGAUGAAGGAGCUUGUGCUUUAGAGGCCAGGAAAUACAGUAGUUGCAGUAGCCCUAUUUAGGUCUCUGGUCCAAGUGUGUUUGAAGAUACAAAAUGUUUAGAGAAUCAAAAGGCAUGGGUGCUGACUCUACUCACAGUGUCCUUGCAUGUGUUUGCUCCACUUGGCUAUCUUCAAACAUCUAAAGGGUGCAGUAUGAGCACCUUCAGCUGAUUGUACCUAGAAGCCUUUCAUGGUCAACCCAAAAUAUUUUGCUGUCAGAGGCAAAUGGUGCCCCAUCUGCUCUAUAGUCCAAUUGCAUAUACUAAAAAGCCAAAUGAAUUAUUUGGGCACCUGGGCAGAAGAUCCCAUAAGUACCUGGCAGUCACAUACAAUCAUAACAGAGCAACUAUCAAUUUUAAAUUAAAUUGGCAGGGCAAUUUGUCUCUUCUGUUGUUUUAUUCUGUGAAGUACUAUGUGCAUGGAUGGAAUUAUGCAAGAUGCUGCUGCUGCUGCUGAUGAUAUGUUUCCCUUUCCUAGUACCCAAAAUCUGUUACCUGAGGUGGCUGCCUCUCUUUGCCUAAUGUCUUCUUGUGUGAUAGAGAACCUUGAUAAUUCCACUUGGAGAUGCUUCUACACAUCUUCAGGAGAACAUAUAUAGAGUGUCGUUUCACAUCUUCAUGCCCAAUUUAGGAUGGGUUUGAGGAAUCCCAGACACACACACUUUGUGACCUCAGUGUUCAAGCUGAAUGCCUAAAUAUGGAUAAUGUUGGAUUUGGAUAUGUGAGAUCCUCAUUCAGAUGUUAGCCCUAGAGCUCAUGGGACUUUAAAAAUAAUGGUCAUCAAAAUAUUAUCAUAGUUUCAGCUGCUUUGAAAGCACACCUCAGUAGAUAUAAUUGGAAUAACUUUUGCAACUGUUCUGAAGUAAUUGCAGCAUUCCAACUCUUUGUUGAAACACACUCAGUGUAUAUUUGUGGGAUUUGGGUGUUGUUAAAUAGAUCAGUGGUGCUGAAAAUUAUCUUGGAUUUCUGAGAAAAAUAUCCACGUGACCCUCUAAAAGUUUGUUUCUUGAACACUUGGCUUAAGAGAACAUUCACUGCAGGUUUUCUUACUCCUGGUGCACCUCUUCUCUUGCAAGGGGUCAGGCUGAACAGUUGAAGUAUUUUGAAUGAGGCCACCUGGCUUAGAAAUGCUACAGCCUUAUUCUGUUUCUAGCUGUAGCAAGGAAAGUGGAAGAGGGGUUUUCAUACAUUCUGCUAUGGUACCUGUUUAUAGUCUUCUUCCAAAAUCCAUCAUGCUGCAAGGUCUUUCUCACAUCUGGUCAGGUAUCAGGAGUUUGCAUAUUGUGGCCUUAUAACUGGCUUAGUAAAGGAUUUACACUAGGGCUGCAUCUGCACUGCAGAAUUAAUGCAGUUUGAGACUGCUUUACCUGCUAUGGCUGAAUGCUGUGGAAUUCUAGGAUUUGUAAUUUUGUGAGAUAUUUAGCUUUCUCUGUCAGAAAGCUUUGCUGCCAUAACAAACUACAAAUCCCAGGAUUCCAUAGCAUUGAGACACGGCAGGUAAAGUAGAAUCAAGCUUCACUAUUUCUGCAAAGCAGAUGCAGGGUAGUAUGGAUUUUGGAAAAUUCCUUAAGGCUGCCUUUGUUGUUCUUAGUCACAAUCUGUCAUUUCUUUUGGAAUUGUCAGCAUGAUAGUCAAUAAUAAUUUGAGCAGUGGUCAGUAACAACCAAUAUCUAUUUAUAAUAAUAAUUAUUAUCAAUGAUUUUUAUUACUAUUCUGUAGAGCAGUCAAUAAUUAUUAAUCAACAAUAUAUUUGAAAUAUUUAAGUAGCUGUGCUUUUAUCAUAAUUAAUUAUUUUUAGUCAUUAGAUUAUAGUAAUAGGCUUCAAGGAAUCCAGUGUGGUGUAGUGGUUUGGGCAUUGGACUGCAACUUUGAUUCAGGUCUGAAUCCCUGCUGAGCCAUGGAAACCCACUGGGCAACCUUUAUUCAGAAUGAUCAGUAGCAUGAAUAGAUCUUUAGGAAAUAUUGGAUAAUUACCCAGUGUAUAUCCCACUGGGCAACCUUGGGUAAGUCACAUUCUCUCAGCCUCAGAGGAAGGCAAGGGUAAAUCCCCUCUGAACAAAUCUUGCCAAGAAAAACCCAUGAUAGGUUCACCUUACGGUCACCAUUAGUAUGAAAUGACUUGAAGGAACUCAACUACAAAGUAGAUUUCAAAAGAAAGAAAGUAGUAGUUGAAUUACCUGUGGUUGUAAUUCAGCUACUUACUACUUGAGGGGGAAAUUUAACCAUCUGUAGUAAAUUGCUGUGCAUUGCUGCCACUCAGCUGGUCUAAUCUAUGGAUUAAAUGUAAUAAAGAUAAAUCUAAUGCUAUAAUUAUCAGUCAUGCUUUCCAUUCAUUUCCCUUGAUCGUUUUAAGGCGUUUGCUUCAGUCACGUUGCUGGAGCCAAGGAGGAGUCCUAAGUUGUGUAUUGUCUGGAUGGGAAACUACGUGGUAAUUUUGUGUGUAGUGCUCUGAAAACAAAGAAAAUUGAACAACCACCAUUUAUCCAAGGUUGGUUGAGCAGAAUAUGUCUCAUUUUUAGAUAAUACAUGCCUUUCUGUUAUAUUUCUCUUUUCUGAAACCGAGAGACAGUUUGUGUUAAAUUUGUAUAAGAGUCUUUGUAGAGAACUCCAUAUUGAAAUACAGAUGUGUGACCAACUUCUUGUCUUUCUAUAUUUAAAAAAAUAAAAUCUGAGGAUUCAAGUUAUUCCUAUUCUUCACAGGUGACCUAUAGAUGCUGAAUGACUUCUUGCUUAGCAUGACUAGUUCCAGUAAUAUAUAAUUUGGCUGUCUCAUCAGGAAUAAUUAUAUGGCAUAUUAUUAGUAAAAAGCAGCCAUUGAUUUAAGUAAGCUGUUUGAUUAAAACAUUCAGCGCAUGCCAAAUUGCAUCUGAAUUGCCCUAAUGGAGUCUUUCUCCUGAUGCAAAUAAUUAGCCCUUUGACAGUAUUAUUUCACAGUACCCCAUACCAAAAAAUCCUGUCAGUUCAGUCUAUUAUUAGCUCCAUGUUUCAAAUUGGGAAUGAGGCUGGGUUGAGUUGUUUGCUAUAUACUGUUUUGUAAGUUUAUGCAGGUUGAAACUCCCUUAUUCGAAAUGUUGGGAUGAGACGUGUUUUGAAUUUUGGAAUUAUUAUUAUUAUUAUUAUUAUUAUUAUUAUUAUUAUUAUUUUGGAAUCUUUGCAUUUGCAUAUACAUAAAUAAUGGGAAAUCCUGGAGAGAGAACCCAAAUCUAAAGAUAAAAUUCAUAUAUGUUUUGUAUACACAUCAUACCCGUCCCCUGAAGGCAAUUUUAUAUAAUAUUUUAAAUAAUUUUGUGCAUGAAACAAAGUUAGCGUACAUGAAACUAUCAGAAAGCAAAAGUGUCUCUAUUUUAGCCACCCAUGAAAAAAGUUGUGGUUUUUGGAAUAUUUUAGCUUUUGGACUCCCGGAUAAAGAAGACUUGUAACUGAGGGGUUACAGCAGUGAUGAGACUGUAAGUCUGGUGAACAGUAUGUCAGCUGUUAUUUUACACAUAUGCAAAUGUGUACAUGCUAAAUAUAUUGAUUAAAUUAAAACUAAUAAAGUUAGUUAACCUUACAGCCUUACAAGAAGAACCAUAUACUUCAGUUGCCAUAGUGCAGACUGGAGUGAGUUAUGCCCAUGAAGAGCAACUUGAAUAGCAGGCUCCCCUUCACUGGGUGGUCGCUUACUUGUGGAUGAUAGAAUCAUAGAGUUGGAAGAGACCCAAAUAGCCAUCUAGUCCAACCCUCUGCCAUGCAGGAACACACAAUCAAAGCAUCCCUGACAGAUGGCCAUCCAGCCUCUGUUUAAAAACUUCUGAAGAAGAUAUGUUUUCCACUUUAAAUAGCUCUUGCCACAGUAGAUUCUUCCUAAUGUCUCUUUUCCUAUAGCUUGAAUCCAUUGCUCUGUGUCUAGUCUCAGGAGCAGCAGAAAACAAGCUUGCUCCGCCUUUAAUAUGAUAUCCUAUCAAACAUUUCAACAUGGGUAUCAUUUCACCUCUUAACCUUUUCUUCUCCAGGUUAAACAUACCCAGCUCCCUAAGCCACUUCUCAUAGGGCAUGGUUUCCAGAUCUUUUCCCACUUUGGUUGCCCUCCUCUGGACAUGUUCGAACUUGUCAGUAUUAUUCUUGAAUUGUGACAUCCCAAACUGGGCACAGUAUUCCAGGUGAUGUCUGACUAGUAUGGUACAAUUACUGUAUAUUCUCAUGUAUAAGUCUAGAAGAUUUAGUCAAAAAAUUGAUCCCAAAAUCCGGAUCGACUUAUCCAUGGGCCAGUUUAAGUACUAUAGUUUAACUCUUAUCUUUAGGGUGGGACAAACAGUUAUCCAUACUGGAAUUUUGUAAGUUCUUUGGCAUUGUUUUCCUUGGCUUUGUCCUUUAUAACCUUUAUUACAUGCCCCCAGGUUUUACCUUCAACUUAUCCACGGGUCAUAUCAAAACCCAUAAUUUUGACCCCAAAACCUGCCCUUAUACAUGAGAUUGACUAAAAAUUGAGUCUAUAUGGUAUUUCCUUUGAUCUAAAAAUUAUCUCCAUCUGAGAGAUGUACAGUUUUCCCAAUUCUCAUUUUUAGAUGGGCUUUGUGCGCUUAUCUGUUUUCAAUUCCUUUUAGAAAAUAUGUUUUUAACCAUUGUGUGGAUGACUGUGGGUCACUGAUGGUCUUCUACUGGUUUUAAGGGCUUCAUUAAUCUUGGUGAUUGUGUCCUUUAAAUUAUGACCUUUUAUUAUUGUGUUUUAUAGUUUGUGUAAUAAAAGCUGCCUUGGGAGGUUAUCUUUAUCCUUGAAAAGUGGUAACAGAUAUUUUAAAAUGCAUGUGUCUUGUGGUGUGUGUUUUUUUAAGCCUGUGAAUCUGAGCUGAACAUUAGAGUUCUGUGAAUGUUAUCUGUGAACAUUAUUAUACAGAGAUUGACUUUUCUGAGGCUUGUAAAAGUUUGUAAAAGCUUUUUACUGGCUCGCUAUAUGUGAAUGGUUUCGAAUGGCACCUGAUUGCCAACUGUGCAUUUUGUAACAAAUGAAUUGGGCAAUAUGGCUGCUGGAUAUGGCAGAUGUUUCCUGAUUGUUCAUGCUGUGAUUCAGUGGAUCUGUUCACUUUUGUGUACUUGAUUUCAUCAGACUGUAGCAGAGAAAGGGAGGGAGAGGCUUGUAAAAUCUAGAAACAUCCCCACUUGUCCACACUCUGAAUUGUUCCCAUUCCAUUUGGUUAUUAGAAGAGCUGCUGUGUAACUGUGUGAAACUGUACUAUGUAAACAAGAAUAAAAUGCUUUAAAUGAUUAUUAAAGGUGCAAGCCCAACAAAGAACACGGAGGAACAAGGGAUUGGGUGCUUGCUGCACCUAUGGACAUUUGGCCAUGGCUAGGCUAUCUGAGUUUCUCCCAGAAAGACUCUCAGCUUCUCCAAGAAAGAUCCACAGACAUCUGUGUGUGAACAGAAUAGGGAACUGUCUUUAGCUAUAUGUGUCAGGGAAAUUUUUAUUCAUCUUGGCUGAAAUUAUGUAGACUAUUCUGCAACUUGCAACUUCUAUUAAGUAUGCCUGAAGGGCGGUGCCCUUCAUGUCAGAAAUAUUAUUUUGCUAUUGUAGAUCUCUUGCUUAUAAUAAAGCUUCCUUUAAAGACUC